AUGAUACCGAUUAGCAAGCGCAUCAAGCGCGGCACGCGCAAACGAACAACCUGUGAUGACUCAGAGUCUGAACUGUUGCCCUUGAGAGCAAAAUCGACUAAUGUUAAGAAAAGAACAGGAUUCGAUAAGAACAUCAGAUUCUUAGGAGAUACAAAUUCUGUAGGAGGAGGCAAAGCUGACAAAUAUAUGAAACAGGCAGACUAUAAGGAUAGUGACAACCUUCUGUUUGCUAGCGAUCAUGUAUCGAUUCGGUUGGGAGAAUUGACUCCCAAACGAGAGAGAAGACCGAAGGGUUCUCCCCAGAAUUCUCAACGGGAUCAACAAGAACAGCGGCUAAUUGAUUCUCCGAAUACAUCAUUGCAGAUAUCUGAUUUCGAUGUUCCACCAGAAUCUACAUCUACUCCUCUACCGUCUCCCGGCAAGCCGAAUACUUCGUUGAUUAACCGAAGCGAGGAAGUCAGAUUUUCUCCAAUAUAUCAUUCUACUAAUUAUAACUGGAUUCCUGAGCUACAUGAUCCGGAAACGAUUGGCCAACGAAUAUAUUCACCACCGAAAACUGGCAAAAGAUAUUAUAGAUCACUCACUGCCCACAAAACUUCUUCUGGGACGAGUGACGAUAUAGCUUACCAUUCCUCCGCUGGGGAUGCGACUUAUCAUGGAAGUGAAUCCAAUACCUAA